AUGAGUGAAAAGGUCAAAGCAGCUGUUGUACCAGAAAAAGGUGCCAAGCUAGAAAUUCAACUGGUUGAUAAACCAAUUCCGAAACCCUUUGUUUAUGAUGAAUCUUCUGGAGAAAGAGGAGAAUUACUUGUCAAGAUCAAAGCUAUUGCUUUGAAUCCUAUUGAUGUCUAUCAAGUAGAAAGUGGUCUUAUGGUUGAUGGAUAUCCUGCGAUUCUUGGUAGCGAUGUUUCUGGUGUUGUAGAAGCUGUUGGUGAAGGUGUUACCGAGUUUUCUCAAGGUGAUGAAGUUUGCGGAUAUACCAAGUUGGGACUCCCUGGUCAUUAUGGUGCAUUUUCUGAAUAUACUUUACUUGAAGCAUCAACUACUUUCAAGAAACCACCAAACCUUACUUUUAGAGAAGCUGCAACUAUUCCCGUUUGUUCGCUUACAGCGGGGCUUGGCUUAUUUGAAUCAUUGAAAUUGCCACUUCCUUCUGAAAAUCCUGGUUGGUUCCGCGAAGAAUAUAUCUUGAUUUGGGGUGGCUCUUCUUCCGUCGGCUCUUAUGCCAUUCAACUUGCAGCUCAUUCAGGACUCACAGUUAUCACAACAGCAUCACCAAAAAACCAUCAGUUUCUUCAACAAUUAGGUGCUGCUUACACUUUUGAUUACAAUGCUCGUGACGUAGUUGAUCAAAUCAAAAAUGCUAGUCAAGGUCGAUUGAAAUAUGCCUUUGAUACUGUUGGUGGUAAAACCACUCCUUUAUGUAUAGAAACAUUAAGUAAAAAUGGCAAGUUGGCAUGUGUAGAUCGUUCUGCAAAGACAAGAGAGGAUAUUGAAAUGUCAAUGGUGACCCUUGGUGCUGCACAUAGAAACCCUAAUGAUUACCUUAAAAGUACUAAUAGAGUUUUAAAAGAGAUUGAAAUUAUGUUGUUUGACGGUAGAAUUAGACCAGUUAAUAUUACGAGUAUGCCAGGUGGACUUGAUGGUAUUCUUCCAGCAUUGGAAAAGUUGAAAAGUGGUGUCAAUACUAAUUUUUAG